GUGAAGCCCCAUGACUGUCUGUCACUUCCGCUGGGAAGAGCAGGGUUGGCAGCAGGGGAGGAAGCGGAGUUUAGCAGCAGCGGACCCGGCAGGCUGAGCAGCACCGGCCCAGGACUCAGACGAAUACCGGACACCGAGCCACAGCUGGUGAGAGCAGGCAGGAGGGGUCCACCCCACCCCCCCGAGCACGGCCUGGCCUGGCCUGUCAUAACACUGACACCCCCGCCCGAGUGGGCCCCGGAGGCCUGAGGCGGACAGAGUCCCACAGCCCACCUUCUCCUGGCCUCCCCUCCACCACCACCAUCCCUAGGGGGUCCCUCCCCUCCACCACCAUCCCCGGGGGUGGGGGGGUCCUCCCCUCCACCACCAUCCCCGGGGGUGGGGGGGUCCUCCCCUCCACCACCAUCCCCGGGGGUGGGGGGGUCCUCCCCUCCACCACCAUCCCCGGGGGUGGGGGGGUCCUCCCCUCCACCACCAUCCCCGGGGGUCCUCCCCUCCACCACCAUCCCCGUGGGGGUCCUCCCUCCACCACCAUCCCCGUGGGGGUCCUCCCCUCCACCACCAUCCCCGUGGGGGGUCCUCCCCUCCACCACCAUCCCCGUGGGGGGGGGUCCUCCCCUACACCACCAUCCCCGGGGGGGGUCCUCCCCUCCACCACCCCUCCCCUCCACCACCAUCCCCGGGGGUCCUCCACUCCUGGCCGGCCAGAGCCUGCCUUCACUCCUAUACACAGUGUGACCAUCCUAGCAUUAACAUGGCCUUGAAACCACCCAGAAAUCACUGCCCCCAUCACCCCCACCCCCAGUACUGCCAUCUCCAUCCAACCAUCUCCCUAAUUUUCUUUAUUGUACCCAAACAACACUUGUUUGGAUUAUAUAACGCAAAGAUGUUUAAUUUGUUUACACAGGUCCUUUUUCUUUGGUUUUUUUUUUUUUUUACCCCCUUCAGUGUGUGUUUAUCUCAAAAUUGUCCUUUCCCAAUCCUAUUACUAGGCUGUGUGUAAUGUUAUGAAUAUAAUGUUACAGUUCUAACCAUGGGAGACUUGAUUUGAGUCCCCACCCACGUAAGAACUGGUGCCAUUUGUACCUUCUGAUUCUUUAGAUUUAGCCUAAAUUAUUUAGAUAUGAAGAUGCCUUUUCUUAUUCCCAGUUUUUACUUUAUGUGCCUCUGCACCAUCAAUCAUUUUACCAUUUCAUUGUUUCGUUUUCUUGUCCGUCUGUAGGUAUUGGUAUCAUUAUUUUUUCCCCAAAAAAUUUGUAACUGUAAUAUUGCAGAUUUUAUAGCUCGUCAGUCACUCCCCUAAUUUAUUUAUUAUCCAACAUUAUAUGCAAUUGUACAUUAUAAAUUACAAAUAUAUUGUCAAAAGAUCUAAUUAAAAUGACCUCUCCAGUAUAUCCCAGUUAUCUUAUUCCUCAUCAACCUCCAAGUAAGCAUUCCCACCCACCUUGUCUAUUGUCCUAAUUCUUGUACUUUCUUUUGUCUUGUAUUCUGGCCUGCUUACAUUAUUGUGCUGACACUUAAUAUUUAUAUCCUGGUUCAAAUUUACAAUAAGUUGUGGACUUCCUGUUGCAGCCUCUUGAUUGGUUUCUAUAAUUGGUUGUACCGAUCAGAGACUGCCUUUCAAUGUCUAUUUAAAUUUUCUUCUAAAAAAGUCACUCAUUUUAACACCCCUUUAAAUAAAAAAAACAAAAAAAACAAAACACUUUUCUCUUGGAUAUGUUGACAUAUACAACUUUAAAUCAUGAUUACUUAAUUCUUAGUAAUCUACAAAGAAUAAAGGCUGACCAACAUUACUGGUUAUGAGGUGUUGAAUCCUUUUUCCUGCGUGGGGAAUCCCCAGUAUAUUUACUUGGGUACAUAGCUUGAGUACCUUUACAGCUAAAAUCCACCAGCUUUGGGUCUUUACCAGCAAAAAUGUUUUGUGAACUACGCAUCCAUUCUUUAAUAUUGAUUAUAUGAGCUUUUGUGACAGUUUUGACAUGCUUUGGGUCACCUGAAAACCUAAAAGUGGACAGUUGACAGGUGUGAUUGUGUGUCAGCAGUCUUAGUUGAAUAUUUACUUCUGUUAUCAAUCUGUCUCUCCUCUGCAGAGAAUGCAGCACCUCCGUAUGUCUUAUGUGUAAAUAUUUUUCUCUAUGUCUCCAGACCAGAAUUGUUAUCAUUGCCUGGAUAAUCAUUCUGGCUUCCUUAUUUGUUGAUUUCUUGUUGUAUUAACUGCAACUUUUCUUUACAAAAAUGUAUGUAUUUAUUGGUCCCGCUUUUAUUCACUUAGAUGGUUUCCUGAAAGCCUUAUGAUUUGCUUUAUCGUGAAUACAUGGAAAAACAUCUUUACCAGUAUACAUAUUUUCAUCAAGAUACCAUCUGAGUAUUUUAGAAUACACAAAUCUAGGAUUUAAAUAGUUGGUAGUGUAGUAAAAUCGGGGGAGGUGGAUAUCAGCAUUGUAUGCAACUUCCGAAGGAUCUGUGCUAUAUCAAUUCCUGGGUUGUACAUAAGAGAGCAGAUCCAGCACUGCAUUUUUUUUGUUUCCGCUCAUUCUAAAUGUGUACUCUGCUGGGUUUGUGUGCUGCCACAUGGUAUGCUAUGUCAUUUUUGAAGUUCCUCAUUUAUUGAUGGGAAAUAGUACACAUUUUGUUUAAAGACUAUUCAAGCAUAUGGAGUAUUCUGUAUUGGCAUUGCACUUUCCGCAAUACUGGCCCUUUAGACAUAUUUACUGAAUUAUGUGCCACCUCCACUGCUGGGUUACUGCAGCGCUUAGCAUCUGAGCCAUAAUAUAUAACUUGUAUUGGGAGUGCAUUUGUGUUCGCUUCCAAUCCACAAAGAGUGCUCAGAACUCGAUUACUGGGCAGUGAAGCAGUGAUAACGUAUAACAGCCUCUUUCUGUUUCAUGGAAACCUCCUAAGCUCAUGGUACAUGGAAAAGUGGGCACUGUGCAGGUGAAAAUGGUAAAAUACUGUUGGUCUUGUUUGUGCAAUGGCGAGAGUGAGAGGAGUGGGAAGAUUUGGAUGAGCUGUCCAAGGUGGAGGAGAAAUGGUGUGGAUAUAAAGGACCUAGUUUGUGCAGGGAGUAUCCAGGUUAAUGCUGUGACAUUGAAAUCAAGGGAAUUGUUAAAAGAGCACUAUAGGCACUCAGACCAUUGUCUGUUAAUUUUAACCUUGCAAUGUGAAACAUUGCAUUUUUUUUUUUUUUUUUUUAAACAUUGCAGGCUAAAAUUCCUCUCUAGUGGCUGUCUUACAAAGAGCUACAAAAUACACUCUCCCCUCCAAAGUAAAACUUGGUCUGGGAAUCAAAUGCUGCUGUAUAGCAUUGGAUUGGACAAGAUAGCGGGUUAUGUCAGCAUUCAUGCCGACAUAACUGGAGCCUAGGAAGGAGGGGAGUAAUAUUUUAUUUCACUUAUUUUUUACAGGGCAAAAGGGAAUAGACAGAAGGGAACCUUUAGUCCCCAAACCAUUUAUUUUCAGAGCUAUAGGUUCCCUUUAAUUUAAGGGACACUCCAUGUAUCAAUAGAAUUUUAAUGCAUGUCAUAUAUUUUUGCAUCAUUAAUCUACUGUAUUCUUUUUCUGCUGAAAUCUCUCAUUUUUGCACAAAAUAAAUGUUUUGCAGAAUGCUGCACCAUAACCCUACCUCCUUAGUCAAGUCUCCUCAUGCCAGAAAGACCUCUUUUCAAAUGUAUGCGCAUGGUCUCUGCCUGAACACUGAGAACUGUUGUUUUUAAUUCACAAGCUGGUGAUAUCCUUGGAUGUACUCUCUUUCGAACGCCGUUUGAUUUGUUCAGAUUAUUCAGUACUGUCCGUCAAUGACAGUUGUGUUAACAUCUUUGAUAAGAAAAUAUUUUUUUUUUGGAGUGAGGGGUUGUGGCUUAAGAUGCAGGCUUAUGGUGCAGCAUUUAUUUAAACAUUUUAACUUUUUUUUUAUGGGAAAAACUAUAAAGAUUUCAGCAUGCAAAAUAUACAGGAUAUUAAUCAGGCCUGAAUCAGUCAAAUGCAUUUAAGUAGUAUUGGUGCCUGGAGUGUCCCUUUUUAAGUAGUGAAAACGGUAGAUCAUCGCACACUGACAUGUUUUGAGUCAAAGCUUGUUGUGAUACUAGAGUGAGAUGGACUUAGAGAUACUCGAAGCACCGAAGCAAGCACCUUUCGCUUAAUGAAUCAGACUUGAUAUAUAGUACAUGCCUGUGCAGUCUAUACUCAAUUCUAUGUCAUUUAGGUAUCAAAUCACUUUUGUUUCUGUUUGUGCAGCUCACACAACCUACGUGAAAUAAUUGGUUUAAUUUUCAAUACAAUCUGGCAGCACAUGGUGUAUACUUUUAGAAGUGGGUUUUUUUUUUUCUUUCGGUUUUUUUUUCUCUAUAUUCCUUGAACUCUAAUCAGACACACAGGGCUCUUGCAGACUCUAGCAGGAAAUGAGAAAUGCUAACUUAAGAAGAUUGUGCAAUAAAGGAAGUUUAAACAUUUGAUUUCUAUUUGCAGGGAAUAUGAAGGACACAAAGAGGUGGUGUGGCUAAGACUCAGUUAUUUAAUUCCUAUGUGGCAUAGAAUUGAUCAGUAAGAUUGCAGGGGCAAGAUUUGUACACCAAAAUCACUGCAUUAGACUAAAAUAGUUUUUGGUGCUUAACCCCUUAAGGACACGUGACAUGUCAUGAUUCCCUUUUAUUCCAGAAGUUUGGUCCUUAAGGGGUUAAAGUGUUUCUCUAAAGUUACUUUUAUAGAUUUUGAACAUUGAUGACUAAAUUAAUGGAAUCACAGUUGUCUAGACUUGCUGUAGUGGUUGUGGUGCUAAGCUUGGCUUCUUCCAGUGAAUUGUCAACCUGCUUAAAACUAUUUAGAACUUACCUUUCUUAGUUGGGUACUCAGUCUUUCUGAGCAAGUCUGUUAAAGCGGAAGUUCAUACUUCUGUAUCAUGAUACCAAGCUGAAACAUUCUUUAAUAGCUCAGCAAGUCAGCUGAUGGGUCUCAGCUAAUGAAUAAUAUUCCAACUUGGUAUUAGUUGAUAUGAAUGUCUGCUUUAACAUAUCAGCUAAGAUCAGAAGGACUGUGACCACUUGACAGGCAGAUAAGUGCCUAACCAUACUUAAAUAUUUUGAUAGUUCAUUGUCAGAUGGUGCCAGGGGAAAUUUUAGUGAUUAUGGUGCAAAGAGUGUGCCAUUAAAUUGCUGAUGAAUUAACGCUCACAUAUAUUUGUAUCAUGUACCAGAUAGUGGGAAGUGGGGACAGGGGGAUGGUAAACCUAAGAGACAGAUAUUCUGGAAGUGGCAGAAUGGAACUUUUAGUAAGUAUUCUAUAUAUUUGGUGACAAUGUUGGUUUUACAAUGUAUAAAAAUGCUUACCUGAAGCAAAUAUGGCCAUCUACACAAGUGUAUGACCAGUUCAUUUUAACAUGCAGUGAACUAAAAUCUUUUUGUUAAGGUUGUAUUUUGGGUAAAACAUGUUGUGGUCCUGCUGCAGAUAACAUGCAUUUAUCUGUGAUUCUCCUUAUGGAUAGGAAGAUCUAUUGUUCCUCUUUUGCCAGUGAUGCUUGCUUAGCUUUUAACCUGCCUGCUGUGGGGAGUCCUCGGCUGGGUCUUGCAGUUUUGACGCUGUAUCAUUCAGACUCUUUGUUCACACGUGCUGUCUCCUCCCUUGUGACUCAAGCAGCUGAUUAGCCACAUGAUUCUCCAUACAAUAAUUAGAUCUUGUUUUUUUUUUUUUUGGCGUCUGAAAACUGUCUGCAGUUAACCAAUUUUGCAGAGGUAUUUUGUUCAGGCCAAACCAAACCAGUAAGCUGUCAAAUCUGUUUAAUUUUGGUUUCUUCGCUGUCAUCUGAUAAGAUGUGGUUGUGGUAUGACAUGCCCAGGGAAGUAGAUGUACUGUUUUUUUUGUUUUGUUUGUUUGUGUGUGUGUAUAUGUGUGUAUAUGUGUGUGUAUGUGUGUGUGUGUGUGUGUAUGUAUGUGUAUAUAUAUAUAAAUUUCACUGUGAUCUUUCUCCUUUUUGUGUGACUGAUGUGGUCAGAUUGAUUUUAUUUAUUGGUUUGGGGUUGUGAGAGUCUAGCCUGUUCAGCACAAUGCACUGACAGCUGGCAAGGUGCAGUUUGUCUGCAAAAAGAUGGCAUUUUGGGCUCUUAGGGGUGGGUGGGAUCCCCAUUAGCCUUUAAUUAUAAUAAAUUAGCCUUUAAAUUAAGAUUACUAUUUCUCUGGGUUCGCCAUUAAAGGGACACUCCAGGCACCCAGACCACUUCUGCCCAUUGAAGUGGUCUGGGUGCCAACUUCCAUCACCUUUAACCCUGCAAGUGUAAUCAUUGCAGUUUUUAUAGGGUUAAGUCCUCUUCUAGUGGCUGCCUAUCAGACAGUCACUAGAGGGACUUCCAUGUUCUUAAAACACAAAAAGUGUUUUAAACGACGCUGGACGUACUCACGCUAUGCAUGAGGACCCCCAUUGGGAAGCAUUGAAUAAUGCUUUCCUAUGGGGAGGCCUAAUGCAUGCGCGGCCAUUGCUGUGCAUGCACAUUAGGUCUCCGCCGCUGGCUGGCGGCGGGGGAGGAUUGUAAGCGGAGCUUGACACAGCUCCAAGGGAUUCGGUUAAGUUACUGAAGGGGGUUUUAACACAAUUAUUUAUUCAGGGCCAACAUAUUCUGGAGCUCUGUACAAUAGGAAUUCUGACAAAACAUGUGUACUAUACAGGGACUGUAGGCAAAAAAGGCACUGCCCAAAUAAGUUUUCAAUUAAAAUUAAUCUUAACUCGAAGCUUCUAAACAAUAUGGCUGCAGCAAUUUACCAUGUCCUAAAGUGUACCUGACUACUAUUCUUAUCAGCCAAAAAAAUGCUAAUACAGUUUUUAAAGCAAUUUGCUGAUCUUUAAGACUGACUGCAUAUUGGAAUUUUACUUUUGUUUACUAUUUUUUGUGGUUUUUUUUUUUUUAGAAGGUAAAUCUAAACCCUUUAUCUGCUUUUAAAUAUAUUUAUUUUAGUUUCACUGUAACUUUACCUCUUAUUGCAUUUCUUUUUAGGUGCUAAGCUGCCAUUUUUAUUAAACCAACAUAAAUGUCCACCAGAUACGAUGGGCAGUGCGACUGAGAUUAUUGGAUGUGUUCAUGCAUUAUCAAAGUCUAUUGCUGCACAAAUUCCACUUCAGGAAAUCCUGAAGAGGAUGUUCUAUUUUAUCACAUUCUUUGGAGAGGAUUUGGUUGGAUUUGUAAGAGAAAUGAAAUCACUUAUGGACCCUUUUGCCUACUUGAGCUGAAGGAUUUCAAAAACUAAGCCUAGGUACCUGGAUCUGUGUGUUUAGCGAACUCACACCACCAUUAAAGGAACACCCCACACACAUCAAACACAAUCAAAAACUUGCUUUUGUCAAGAUAUGCUCAUUUUAGUUGAAGUUUAUAAAAAAUGAUUUCUAUUUGAAAUCUGCACUUUUAGAAAUAAAUGCAGCAACGCCUCCCCGGAUGCCAGCAAGCUGUCGAGGUUAUCAUUGGCUUUUGUCAGCUCCACAGAGUCUUCUUAUUGUCUUCAGUCUGUGCUGGGGAAAAAUGGCAUGGUUUGCAAAGGCUGCAGAUGAGAUCUGCAGUUUUUAAAAGCUGUUUUUAAAGAUUUACCCCCAAUGAAAAAUGCAUAAUUAAAUGCAUGCAUGUUUUCAUUGGGGCAACCUACUAAACCUACUAAAUAGUGAUGUUAUAUUGAUUUAUUUUCUAAUGUAGUGUUCCUUUAAUUGAAAAGAGAAUUGAUACCAUCCAAAUAUGAAAUCCUGGGUGCAACCGAACCAGGAACCAUCACCAUGUCUCAGAGGCAAAAUAGAAAAAAGUCCAGGCACUCCAAGGUAUCAAAAAACAAAUUUAAUAGAACCCAAAUGUCAGCAACGUUUCAACCAGGAUGGUCUUUUUCUUGCUUGUUAAAGACCAUCCUGGUUGAAAUGUUGCUGACAUUGAUACCUUGGAGUGCGUGGACCUUUUUUAUCUAUUGCAUAUACUAACCUUAGGCUGGCUUUAAAAAAAAAAAAAAAAAGAUUUUGGUUAAAUAUGUGCUUUGAUUUUAUUAAUAUUAAACUGUUAACUGGCCCUGUACUUAGCCUACAUUGUACUCGUUGCUUUCAUAGCAUGGCUUACAUCAGGGGUGGGCAUUCUGUGGCCCUCCAGAUGUUUUGGACUACAUCUCCCUUGAUGCUUUGCUAGCAUUAUGGCCCUAAGAGCAUUAUGGGAAAUAUAGUCCAAAACAUCUGAAGGGCGGCAGAUUGCCCACCCCUGGCUUACAUGAUGCUUUUAAAAUCAUUUCCCUUAAAUAUUUAGUUGUGAAAGGGGUUUGAAUUGGGUAACUGUGGCAGAUCCCCUUUGUAUCACCGUCAAGGACUCCCUUUCCCUUAGUGUUGUAGCUCUUUCCAGUGUUACUCUAUAUAGCUUGUAUAGCUUUGUUGGGAGUAGAUCUGAUUUUAUUAGGCACAGCACGGUCAUUUAUACACAGAUUCCCAGCAUGGAGUCCCUAUUCAGAAAUAGAUGAUCCCACCCUGGUGCCUCUGUUUCUGGGAGAUAUUUUAGUUGUUGCUCGCUAAACUAAUUAUCUCCUGGAUACAACACAUAUAUCCCCAAAAUACAGUUAAAAACCCCACCUUUUACAUCCUCAAGCGCCCAUGUUGGUAAAAUAGCGCCGCCAUGAAGAGAUGACACACACACACACACACAUACUUUUCGUUACUACUCCUUACCUUAUGGAGCCGAUGGGAGGCAUCUCCUUGGAGUCCUCACUGCUCCCGUGCGCGUUUUAGUGAUGCCAGAUGCCGGAAUAUGAUGUCAUAUUCCGGCACCUGGCUUCACUUCAGUCGGCGAGGGAGCAGUGAGGAGCUGGAACACUGAGCUCCCUCGCCAGCCGGGUAAGUGUUAGCAGAGUAGGCACCUGCAAUAUGGGGAAAGCAGGUGCCUACUCUGCUAUAACACUGAACAUGCACUCGCGGCUCGCUGGGCCGCAAAGAUGGUCCUUGUGGGCCGCGAGCUUGACAUGCUUACUCUAAGCGAUCAAUUGUACUAUGUAGUCAAAAAGCGUCUUUGACUAAAGCGACAGCCCAAUCUACUUGUCUAUCAUGACAGUCUACUUGUCCUGACACAAAAUUAAUAUUAGAAAAAAAUGGGUCCCUCUGCCUUAGAGCCCAGCAUAUUGAUCAUACUUUGUAAUAUGAGUUUUCUACAAAUUAAAUUCCAAUAGCAAAUGUUUUCAUAUGGAAACAUUCUCCAUCUCAACUAUAGUCAUAACUUUGCAAUAUUUUUCGCCAUUUUAAUUUGUGAACAUUUAUGAAUUCUCACCUUGUUUUACUUCCAUAUUGUGUAAUGUGUCACUAUGCACACCAACAUAAACUGUGACGCCAGCAGAGAGCUGAUCUACACAUUGCAGACUCACCUGCGGAAAGACUAAAUGUAUUUAUUUGAAAAAAUAUUAAUACAGACCGGAACUACAUGUCAUGAACAUUGGGUCUUAGGAAUUCCACACAUCUGGCUUUUCUCUAUGCAAUAAGCGCAUUGAAAUCUAUUUAGCAGGCAAACUUGCUUUCACUUUAAUUUAUUAGAGUUGUGUGAACUACAUUGUGAAUCUUUGGCACAAGUAAAUAGCAUACAUCCAGUUGUGGGCUUUGUGACGGACCAUCUGUGUACCUCCGUCAAGCAUGCUUCUUAGCUCUCCACUGGGACACUUGUAGUGUUUCAGCCCCUAGCUGCCCCAGCUUGGCUGGGGUCUCUCCGUCACUUUCUGCCCUGGAACAGGGUCCUGGGUACAGUCUCAAGUGAUUAAAGGGACACUAUAGGCCCCAGAACAACUACAGCUUAUUAAAUUUGUUCUGGUGUGUAGAAUCAUUACCUUCAGGCUUUUUGCUGUAAACAGUGUUUUUAGAGAAAAUGCAGUGUUUACAUUACAGCCUAGUGAUAACUUCACUGGCCACUCCUCAGAUGUCUGUUAGAGAUUCUUCCUGGGUCAUGGCUGCCUAAAAUGCAUCCAAACACUCAGUAUCUCCUCCCUCUGCAUGCAGACACUGAACUUUCCUCAUAGAGAUUCAUUGAUUCAAUUCAUCUCUAUUAAGAGAUGCUAAUUGGCCAGGGAUGUGUUUGAAUCAUGCUGGCUCUGCCCCUGAUCUGCCUCCUUGUCAGUCUCAACCAAUCCUAUGGGGAAGCACUGUGAUUGGAUCAAGCUACCACUUCGGUUGAUGUCAGCACACUGCUUCUUUUUUUUAGGCAAACAGCAUGCAGAGUUACAGCUUCAGGCUUGAAACCCGUUUUUUGCUAUAUUUAUGGAGGCAUGAGGGGCCCAGGGGGGCUAGAUGGGGGUUUUAACACUACAGGGUCAGGAAUACAUGUUUGUGUUCCUGACCCUAUAGUGAUCCUUUAAGCUCUCUUGCAGAGAGUAUUGCUGGUCCACCCAAACACUUGUCAAGACUGAGUGAAAGGUGAAAAGGAACUGGUUUAUUCAGGCAAGGCACACAGAAUUUAUACAAAGAUCUCCAGCAUUCAAGCCCCUCUCAGAGUUCUCUGUGCCUGGUAGAUAAUUGAAUUAAAUACAUGUAAACUAUCUCCCAAGAACAGAGAGGCAAACAUAAUAAAAAACAUACAAUAACCCCACAUGUCCUGCAGCCCUGAUCUGAAAGCCCAAGUUGUCCAAAUAGCGCUCAGACCCAUGCAGUGUAAGGUACUCACCACCGGGGCAAAAGUCUGACCGGCCACUCACGUUGUCCUUUGCGCAUAAAAGGUACGAGGGCAAUGUGUGCUUUGGCUGGUCAACUUUCAGGAGCUCCUGUGGCCAAAAUAUGGGGUGCUCCGUCUGGCUCACAGGGAGUGUUGUUCCUCUUAGUCUCUGGCACCUUCCCUCCUGGCAGGUCAUAAAGUGGUUCAAAACACCGGACCAAGUUGCCCGGGAACCACAAGGUCACCUAGUCGAAAACAGUUCCAUAACAAUUGUGGCUAAGUACCGCUGAGGUUUGUUCCAGCGAACGGCCGCCAAGGAGCUAGCGUUUCACUUCAUGAGAGGGAAAGUGCUGAACCAGGGGCACCGAGGGAAAGUGCUGAACCAGGGGCACCGAGGGAAAGCUGCAAAGUGCGGCUGGGCAUAGUCAGUGGGCAGGAAGCCAGCUUACACACUCCUCCAGGAGUUUGUGGCAAAUGUCUGUGGAAAAGAGCGUUUGUCACAGGCUUCAUUUUAAUGAAGUGGUCUGGGUCUAGUGUCCUUGUGUCAUAAACUCUGCAAUGUCUACAUUGCAGGGAUAACUCCUCUAGUGGCUGUGAUACUGAACUAAAAUUCUGUAAAACUUGGGUCAUGUGACACAGAAGCCCCAUUGGAAAGCAUUGAUUCUCAAUGCUUUUCUUAAGGAAAGGUUUGAAUGCGGGCGGCCCUCACUGCAUAUGCACAUUAGGUCUCCAGUGCUCCUCUAUGAAGAGCAUUGGAUUGGACUCUCAUGGAAGAGACAUCAAUUUUAGUGAAACGACUACCACCAUGCAAAUUUUGGACAAAGUGGUAAAGACUGAGUCACGCAAGUCUUCUGGUUAGCUUUAUUCACUUCUUUACAUGAAUAAAGCUACCGGAUGCUUAUCCAUUCUGUUUUGAAUGAGUCCUUAGGCCUCUAAGUAGAAAGUGGGCAUAUAAUUAUGCAGCUGUAAUGAAUAGAAUGAUAGCAGACCUUUCAUCUUGAAUUUGAAAUUUAAUAUUUGGUAGCAAAAAACUGUCACUGUUUAAUGACCACAUGUUAUGAGACUCCCAAAUGUUCCCCACCAGCAUUUUGAAUGUCUGUUAUUUGUUAUAGAUGUCUCUAAUAUUAGCUUCCACUCCUUGUUACAUGGGUUUUAAUUUUAUUUCAAUAAAGUCCAAUUAUGGCAUGCACACUUCUGUACCCCUAUUGUAGCUCUUCUUGCAUUUUACUUUGUACUGGAUUUUAUUUACAUUGUUUUAAAGCAACUGAAACAUUCUUGGCUAGUGAUCAUUGUGAUCACUAGCUAAAAAUGUUCUUAUUAUUAACACUACAGUCCCUGUUCUUCGUUAAAUACACGUAUUCCAGCUUUUGCUUCUUACUUGAUCAGUGCAGCUAAAGCACCUCUAGGGGCUGUCAGUAUGAAGUGGAUUUAACCAUGUAAUGUAAACAUUGCUGUUUCACAAAAAAAAAAAAAACUGCAAUGUUUUAGAUUGAGUGGUUAAAAGGACAGGACCACUUCAUUAAAAUGGAGUAAUCUGGGUGACUAAUGCCUUGUUUCUAUUUGGACCCUAUUUAUGGCUUUACUGAACCUAGUACUUUGUGUGAAUGACACAGCCCCUAACAUCUUCAACUUUUUUGCAUCUUUUCCUUUAUUUAUUAUUUAGAAUAUUCAUCACUAUAUGUCCUGGAUGCUAUUAAAAUUUGAAUAAUUUUACUUAAAAAAAACUGUUUGAAAACCUUAAAGGGACACUAUGUUCACCCUGACCACUUCAUUUCAAUUAAGUGGUCUGGGUGCAGUACCGCUGUCCUUUUUACCCUGCAAUGUAAAACAUUGCAGUUUUGGAGAGAAUGCAAUGUUUAAAUUGCAGGCUUAAAUCUACCUCUAGUGCAGGGGUAGGCAACCUACGGCACUCAAGGUGUCUUUGCACAGCACUCAAGGCUGCUAGAGCCAAACAGGCUCUGGCCUAUCAGGAGUCCCAGUAAAACUUCAGAUAUCUGCUAAUACGAAGAGGUGGUGAUGGACAAUCCUCAAUUUAUGCAUUGCAGCACAUAGAGGAAGUGAUAUCAGAUCACUUCCUGUCAGGACUUGUAAAUGGGAAUCCAUACUUUAGCAGAGCAGCCUGCAGCUGCUGUUGCAGCUCCUAUACUUGAGCUAUACCUGGCCGGCCUGGUCCUCACUGGAACCUAGGGAAGCCACCCACAUUGCUAGAUAUACACAGAAAUGCAGAAUAACCCUCCCAUCAUACAACACACAAACAUACACACAAUCCCCACAAAUGCAACACCACUAACAAACCACAUACAUGCACACAACCCUGCAUGCAGCCUCUCACAUGCAAUAACCCAAACAGCCCCCACACUCUACCAAACACACAAUGUGACAUCCAUCCACACACAAUUCCACAAGCAGCCCUCAUACACAGCCCACAUUCAUAUGUAUCAUACACGAUACCAUAAACUACUAAUGAACAUAUACAAUAUAUUAGCUCACAUACGCACAAAUACAACGAUACAAAGCAACUGCAGUAAAAAUAACACAAGCAGAAUACGGCAGCAAACACACCUCAAUUUAAAAAAAAAAAAAUAGGACCGGCACGCUACUGAACAUCACAUUCCUAUAUUGGCACAGUGCUAUUAAAAGGUUGCCUACCCCUCUAGUGACUGUCAGUAUGACAAGUGCGUCUACUGCACUGACAGUAAAACUCGUUCAGGUGACAUGGAAGCCACAUAGGAAAGUAUUGAUUUAAAGAAUGGGGAAAGUUUAAAUGCAAUGGUGCUCACUGAGCAUUCACAUUAGGUCCCCAAUACGUAUGAGGAGCAUUGGAUUGGACAUCGGCAGAGAAGGCCACGUAACACCGAGGGCCACAUAACACCGAGGGCUGCUGGAAAAAGGUAAGAAUCUUUUUAAUUUAUUACAUUUUAAUGCAGUAAGAGUAGUGACAGGAAAAAUGUUGCAUUAGGAAUACAUAUUUGUAUUUUUAAUGCUAUUGUUUCUUGAAGGCUUUUUCUUCUUUCAUUCUUAGAUAAGUUAUUGGAAUGUUUUUGUAAGGACAGGAUUACAUGGAUAUUGUCUACAACGUUGGUUGAGUGAAAUAACUAGUCUAUGGACUCCUCUUUUCAGUAUGACAACCACCAGAGGCAUUUUAACCAUACAAUGUAAGCAUUGCUGUUCCAGAAAAACACCAUUGUUUCAGUUGCAGGGUUAAAACAAGGGCAUGGUACGCAGACCAUUCAUUAAGAUGAAGUGGUUUUAGUGAAUGUAGUUUUGCUUUAAUGAGUGAUGGUGUAAAGAGACGUCAAGGACAGACUAUGCCAUUUUCAGUGUUUACAUUGCUUCUUAAGGCCACCUCAAGUGGUGGUCACCCAGACAGGCCGGGGAGAACUAAUGUGCAUGCGCUGCAAUGGGCGCACGCGCAUUACACCUCCCCAUAGGAAAACAUUCAAUGUUUCCUAUGGGGAUUAGCAUAGCGUGAGGACGUCCAGCGUCGUUUGGACCAGUGGUCCUCAUGGACCACCAGCAGUCCAGGUUUUGUCAGUAUCUCCAUUGGAAUUAAGCAGGGAAAUACAUAAAUUCUGGACUGUUGGUGGUCCCUGAGGACUGGGUUGAGGAACACUGGUAUAGAAGACCAAAAGAAGCCUCUAGUGGCUGUCUACCACUACCACUUAACCCUGCAAGGUAAUUAUUGCAGUUUGUAAAAACUGCAAUAAUUACAUGCUCAGGGUUAAGGGUGAUGGGUGUUGGCACCCAGACCACCUCAAUGAGCUGAAGUGGUCUUGGUGCCUACAGUGUCCCUUUAAUGUUGCUGCGCUCCUGUUUAUUUGUUCCUUCUCCCCUCAACCUCCCACCCCCUUGUACUCCCGAAUACUUUGUGUGCAAAGGUUUCCUCCUUGAUACAGUAUUACUUAAAUAUUGGCUCUUAGCCACUGUUGUGGUAAGUUCCCCUGGGAGCCCCUGCCUUUUUUUAUCACCCCUCUGUUUUCUUUCUCUGUUGGUCCUACCUUAAUCCUGUAUGUCAUUUAUUGUUAGUACUGCUUUGUACUCUUUGUGUUCAUUGUUUAUUUUCUUGUGACUCACGCAUUUGCUGCGUACCAAAUUAUGCAAACGAAGAUGGACCUGUCUGAAGGUUUUGAUCAUUAUGUAGACAUAUCAAGUUGUCCGUGCAUCUUACAUUAUAAUGUGGCACCUCUUGUACUUGAUGCUUGGCAUUUUAAACUAUAUAUUUUUCUGUUCUUUGUAAUCCUAGUAACUGUGUCAAUAGAACAAAACACAAGUGUUCUCUAAAUAAUUAUGCUGAACUGAAGGCUCAAUUGAUAAUUAAAGUCUAAAACACCAAAGCUGUCACUAUAGGUUAUUUGGAGGUUUUUUUUCAACGUUGGACCACACUUGGCUUCAUACGUUUGUCCGUUUUUAAGUGGUUUGACUAAAAUGAGUGACUGUCAAAGUAUUGGUGCUAGAAAAUGCACCCAUUUUGUUAAUGGAGUCUGGCCACUAACUUUGGGGGAGGGAGAGGAGGAGGGUUAGUUAUCCACCCAUACUUGGCAUCAUAAUAACUUCAUUGUGCUGUAGUGGUGAUGGUGCAGAGUUACUUUAACGGUAACACAUGUUUGUUUGUUUUUUUUUACUUUAUAAUACCCUAUUAGGCACUUUUAAUUUGGUCCAACCUCUUUCUUUUCCUCCUUGUGUUUUUUUAUUUUUAUUUUGUUAAAAACAAACAAAACCACAAUAAGUUAAAUCAUAACUUGACUCAAUCACCAAAGUUCCUUUGCUUGUUCCAGUGCUCCAUCUGGUGUCAUCACACUGUGUCACUCAGAGGUCCAAUCAGAUGGCUAAUAAAUGCUAUACAAUGGAUGCAUCUGUAUAUGUGAUUUUUUUUUCCCUUAAGUCUAGAACAGUAAAUGAAAUGAUGCACAGCCAUAAUUUGGCAGAUUUAUGGAUAAUGAGAGUUGUUGUAGUAGCUUUUUUAAAAUUUAUUUAUUUUUAUUUUUUUGUGUGUGAAUUGUCAACUAUUUUAAGUUUUAUGUCGAGUUCAGGGUAAAGAUUCAUUAUUUUGAGCAUCAUCAACCUUUAUAGCAGUUUUAAUAAUUACCUGUAAAUUGGGCUGUCACGGCUGGAACUUUGUGUAAAUGGACAGUCUAAGCACAGUAACCGAUACAGCCCAUUGCAAUACAGUGGUUAUGGGGCUAGCUGGCUGCGGAAGCGGUUCCCUGGUUAUGAUCUAACCAUUUUCAAGCUGUUUGUCGACAAGGGUUCCUAAAACAUUUAAAGAGGAGUCCAUUUUAAUCAAGGUCGUAAAAGCACAGCUCAAUCAUUAAAGAACAAACGUCACUUCCCAUGGUUUUUAGUAUUACAUUUACAUUUAACCUGUGUUUAACAAAUGUAUUUGUAAGGUCUGAAAAACAAUUAGAAAUGCAUGCCACUUAUCCUGAAACGGAGUGCCUCCAUCUUGACUCCCUGUGAGUCAUUUUUAUGAACACGUUUUCUGUCUUUCCUCUUCCAAUACAAUGUGUGCUCUGGUUGUGCCAGGACUAAACUGUAAUGUCAACAGCUAGGUCUUACAUUAUCUAGUCCUUUAUUUUUUAUUUUUUUUAAAAUCUUUAUCAAUGGUAUAAUUUCUAGAAGUGAGUUUCCCAUUAGUAUAUCAAUAGUGAGGUGACUGCACACUCCCCGGGCCACAUACUAUUGGGGAUAUGCAGACCUGCAUCUCUGUGAAGAAUGUUCCCCACAGCAGUAAACUUGACAAAGUGGUUUACCCAGUGACCAUAAAAAAAAAAAAAAAAUUUCAAUAAUUUUUUUUUUUACCUUAUUGUACUUUGUUGUGAAAGCAGCUCUGUCACUUUUGAAUAUGUCUUAAUGAUAAAAAAAAACAGUCAAUAGAUAUAAUGGCACAGUAGGGCAUAUGUUGUCUUAUUGACACAUUCAAGGUUGACGUAAGGCUGAGUUUGCGUUGGCAACUUUUGCCAAUUCCCAGUACCUGGCUCUGGGGAAAAAAUGAUUCUUUGUCUACAUCACGUGGGUUUUUAUAUGGAUUCUUGUCAUCUUCCAUAGACAUUUUAAUUCUGAUUUCAUGGGUUAGCUGAAGAUGGAACUCAACUGAAAGAUAAUGGCGUCAAAGUUGAAGAACUUUUUAUUUAAGUAAAUCUUCCUUUAACAUCUUCCCUGACUGCCACUGUCAAGGGUAUGUUCACUAAACACGUUAUUUGCUUUUGCAAAUUUGAUUCAAUUUGUCUGGAUACAAUAGAUUAACAGAAUUGCAAUGGAAUUGUUAUGAAUUAUCCUAGUAUAGUUGCAAGUUAGCUGUUUGAUUUCAACGAACAGCUGAACUGCAGCCUUUUGUGAAUAGCCAAAUAGUUUAAAAUGUUAAAGGACCACUAUAGUGUCAGGAAAACAUACUCGUUUUCCUGGCACUAUAGUGCCCUGAGGGUGCUCCCACCCUCAGGGUCUCCCUCCCGCCCGGCUCUGGAAAGGGGUAAAAACUUACCUUUUUCCAGCGCUGGGCGGGGAGCUCUCCUCCUCCGAUCCUCCUCCUCUCCUCCCCGUCGGCUGAAUGCGCACGCGCAGCAAGAGCUGCGUGCGCAUUCAGCCGGUCACAUAGGAAAGCAUUCAUAAUGCUUUCCUAUGGACGCUGGCGUGUUCUCACUGUGAAAAUCACAGUGAGAAGCACGCAAGCGCCUCUAGUGGCUGUCAAUGAGACAGCCACUAGAGGAAAUAGGGGAAGGCUUAACCCAUUCAUAAACAUAGCAGUUUCUCUGAAACUGCUAUGUUUAUAAAAAAAAAAAAAAAUGGGUUAACCCUUGCUGGACCUGGCAUGCAGACCACUUCAUUAAGCUGAAGUGGUCUGGGUGCCUAGAGUGGUCCUUUAAAUACUUUUAUGUAAUCCAGUAUUUACAUAUACUCAAAUUCCAAAUAGAUGGACUUUGAAUAAUAUCCGAUGAGUGCUCAUAGGUGAGAGAUGAACUCCUGAAUCUGAUAAACAUGGAAAUAAGAGAAAGAAGAUACAGUAUGUAAUCCGUACCACGUUGACUUGCUAGAAGUUCUUGCCCUAAUGAUAGAUUAACAAAGACCUUGCUUUAAAGAUUUAGGAAUGAAAAUCCCACAAUUCCUAAAUCUAGGUGCAAGAUUCACAUUUUGCAAGUUUAAAACUCUUAAUUGCCACAGAAAUCAGUGCCACAAUCUUCAGCACCUGAAGGGACACAUACACAGAAGCCCUUGCCAUAAAGAUAGAUAUACUCUGUCAGUGCAGUAUAUCUCGGAUUCCCACGACGUCACAGAGGAGACGUGGCCUUCUCUGCCGACUUCCAAUCCAAUGCACCUCAUACGCAUUGAGGACCUAAUGUGAAUGCUCAGUAAGCAUCAUGCAUUUCUUUCCCCAUUCUUUAAAUAAACGCUUUCCUAUGGGUCUUCCAUGUCAUGUUUUACUCUGUCAGUGCAGUAGAAGCAUUCAGGAAUGAAAAUUGUGACAACCAAACUGUAUUUGACUGCCGUUGAGUUUAGUGAAUAGACCUCUUAGAGCAGGCAUGUUGCCUUCAGGGUUUUUGUAUUUUAAUGUAUAUGCAGAUGAAAGAAUUGCGUAAAUGACUAUCCAGUAUGUAACAUAUUUGGUAAAAAUAUCAGAAAUGGAUAUCAACCAUAACCGUUGCAUCUUAAUAUGGGAGGACGGAGUACUAGGUCACAGUUGUCUCAGGGAUCCCAUAAAUUAGGUCAAACCAGUAACACAUCUAACUAGCACCAUGACUACGACAACCACACACAUAAGUUGGAUAGAACUUAGGCGGCAAAAAAUGUUCUUCCUUUGUUACUGAUCCAAGGGGUAGUUUUAUUCUCACAGUAAGCUUUUUACAAAUCAUGCUGUUCAGCUCUGGCUUGAAGUGCUGUUAUGAGACAGAAGGUUACAGUAAGGCAACAGUUAAACAUAAACAAAAUACAAUGUAGAGCAAAUGAGGGGUCAAAGUAUGGGAGUAUAUUGAGGUAAAGGCAAGAUAAAGAGGAACAAGAUAUGGCUAGUAAAUGAUACAACGGCCGCUGAUGAAAACAGUCGCGGACAUAAUUUUAUGGAGAGGUUUAAACAAAGUAAAAGAUGCUCUGACGUUCUAGGGUGGUACAUUUAGAGAGAUAAUCAUACCAAGAAGUAAGUAAUUUUAUGUAAUCAUUCACAUAUAGUCAAAUUCCAGACAGAUGGACUUUGAAUAAUAUCGGGGUGAGUGAUUACAGGUGGGAGAUGAACUCCUGAAUCUGAUAAACUUGGAGAUAAGAGGAAGAAGAUUUAGUAUGUAAUACAUGCCACCUGGACUUGCCAGAAGCUCUUGCCCUAAUGACAGAUAUGGAAAGACAUUUUAAAGAUUCAGGAAUGAAAAUCCCACAAUUACUAAAUCUAGGUGCAUAAUGCACCAUAUACACCUACGACCGGAUGAGUUAGCCGAAACGACGACAUAAUAGCAUCUUAAGAGGUAGAGACCGGGAGCUCUGGGCCAUCUCAGAGGGACUCCCCAGACGCGCCGACUGGCGCAGUAGCCACGAGACCUACUCCAACGCGACUAUAGGUAUGCAGUACUUUCCAUAGUUUGCAUCUACCAUCGCUUGCUGUGCCAAGCUCUUACUAUUAUGUAUUUGUCUCACUUUUUACUUUUAUAACCAUACAAUGAUCAAGGAGUGUACUAAUGUACAAACCCAAAUAAAAUACAAAUGUAAUAAAACUCUCUAAAUUGCCUGGGACUGACGGAGGAAUACAUUUCAAUGUCACAAUCUGCAGCACUCAAAGGAACACAUACACAGGCUGUGCAGUAAGAGUAGGGCUUUAAACAUGAGACUUGCUAUGGUAUGGGGUUAAUGCCCAUUAGCCUCUGCGAUACUUAUUAGUCAUGCUGAUGAAGUAUUACUGUAUUGCUUUUAGUUGUGUAAUUUUUCUAUAUACACAAGCCUCUGAGUCUGUCGUGUAUGUGACAUUCAUAUUUGUCUGAUGCUUUUUUUAUUUUUUUAUUCUGCCCUUCUCUGUAAUGCAGUCUUUAUGACAACAGGGUAUUGCUAAUAGAGAUCUGUUCCAAACAUCAACAAAUCUUAAAAAAACAAAACAAAAAAAAAACAGAACUUGUGUGCCUGGGAUCAAACACUUGGCUUCUAAGCGUGACCUUCAAUUUCGAUUUUAGGUGGCUUGCGUAAGUUUAAACUGUGCAGUCAUCGUGUUCUUGAGUACUUACGCAACAUGUAUCUGUCCUCUUUCUUCUAAGAAGUGAUGCAAAGCAAAAGUGUUUGUGACAUGAUUGCAAUGAAACUAGUUGUUGCUUUGAGAUCUCUAAAUGCUUGGUUAAGCCUGAAGCCCUAAUGAGCUCAGCAGUCCUUACCCGCAAGGUCCCUGGGCUGGAUGCCUGUCUUCAAGUGAUGGGAGUUGUCCGUGACUUGAAUCAGCUGACAUUUUGAGACAGUUUCUUUCAUCAUCCAUUUUGUAAGUAACUGGGCUUAACUGAAUUUAUUAUAUUUAGGUAAAAGAACCCCACUGCAUACUAAUCAUUGCUAAUAUAAGUUAGUGACAUCUAGUGUCACACAUACCAUUGUAUAAAAAGAGUGGUUUCAUUGCCUUUAUUCUUAAAAUUGUAUUACUUUUUGCUGCUUUCUCACACUUUUUCUACCUCCAUACCAAAAUAUACUACACCCGAUUGCCAUUUGUUUUCUGUAUGCUUUGCAUACUCGUUGGAACACUUGCCAUUGGGUCAAAGAACAAAUAAGAUAUCUCCAGUCAGGGAUUGUACCACCCAAGCACAUUGAGCAAGAGUUAAUUCUAGCUCUAUACACUGUAAGUGGAUUUCCUUUUCUCUUCCACCUACUUGCACCAGAUAUACUGUACCUUAUUUUUUUUAUUCUUUUAUUUCAUUAUAAAUUUAUCCUCUGAGAAUCCCUUCUUUUCCUCCACCCACACACAUUCUUAUGUUUUAUACCCUUCGUGUAUACAAGUUGAGUAUUGGUUGUAAGUUUACAGUUUCUCUAGUUGAUUCUUCUGUAGCUAGUUCCCAAACUACAGCGUUUAGUUGCCCACUGGGCAUUACUUUUAGGUGUCAUCUGCCAAUCCUCCCCAAUACCUGGAAAAUUGUUUAAAGUUACCUGUCAUCCAGUAUCAGGCGAAGCUCCCUGUGCUGUCUUCCACACCCUGUCCUGACCGCAGUCCAAUAACAGGCUUCUUAUCUUUAAAAUGAGAGCUCUAACCUUAUUUCUGCCACCUUCUUCCUCUCUGAAGCUGUUCUGUUAUUGAUCCAAAUAUCCUGUAAUGCAUCAUGUCAUGACUUGCGAUUAUGGGAGUUGUAUAUAGUUCAGCUUUUGAGAUUCUACAGUGGAUAGCUGGCAAUUGAACUCUAACUCCCAGAAAUCCCCCUCUGUUGCUUUAAACUAGUGCUAUUGAAAUAAUAAUCAAUUACUGCCUGGUUUGCUGACUCAUUGCAAACCUGAACAUCCGGCCAUUUUGUGGGUUUUUUCCCUGCCUCAAGUUACUUCCACUUUAAUACUUCUGCGUGAUUCUUUAGUGGUUUCCCAGCAACAGUUAAGUGGGGCUGACUGGUUUUAAUGCUAUAUUGAGUAAUCAGCCACCGUUUUUCCUUAUUAAGCCAUCCAUUGUGUUUUCAUACUACAAAAACUUAAAUUAGCAGUUUGGGCAUGUUGGUUUUGUUUGCCCUGGAUGUCGUUGCAAUGAAUGAAGCGAAACUGGGGUAAGAUACAUCAGGUGUUGUAGAAAGAAUACUUGUAUGUGUGUGAAAGGAACGCUCCUGAUUGAGAUGAUGAUGAUGAAUCGCGUACUGACCAUUGCAGGGAAGCAGAUAAUCUUACAUCUCCCCAAUACCCUAGCCAUCUUCUAUACCUACUUGGUGAUAGGCAGAAUAUCCUAUAAGACAGCAGAUUCUGCAUAUCGCCAAGUAGGUAUUAAUUAUUUAAAAUAGCACUCAGCUGUGCUGCAUUGCUACGGAGUCCCCAAUUUUUUGGGUCCUAUAACUUCUCUCCAUAGAGCCACCCUCAACCUACAAAUCAAACUUUGACUGCCAUGAGUACAUGUAAGGUUAAUUUUGAUUUGAGAUUAGCUUCACCUAUUGUAGUAAAUCAGUGAUCUAUCUUAAGGUUUUUAUAAAGGAUGUGUAUUCUACUUGUGUUGUUUUAGAUUAUUAAAAUUACUGUUUGAGGCACAGUCAUUCGAUGCUGAUAAUGUGCAAUACAGGGAACAACUCAUCUUCCAUCUUGAACUACAUUUGCGUACUGAAUCUUUGCUUUCCUGUGGAUUAAAUUGCAAGAUAUAGUAGCUUUCAAACACCACUGUAUCACUCUAGUUUCUGUCUUUGCUGUGCCAUUCACUCAUUAUAUUAAGCACUGCAGCAUUUGUUAGAACUAUAAGAAAUACAAGUCUAUAGAAUGUUUUGUGUAGACCAGUGUUUGUCAACCUUUUACAGAGCAGUAUCCCUGCAGGUCUAAAAAAAUAUUCCUACGCACUGCUGCCUUGAGAAAGUAAUUUCUAUUGAUUUUAAAGUCCUAAUGAAAAAUGUAGACACUGGUAUUUAAAUUAAUCCUAUAUUGGAGAACAAGCCUUGUUUUUUUUUUUAUUUUUUUUUAUUUUUUUUUUAUAUAAAUAAAUGGCAUAAUGUGACUAUUUUUAAAGGGGGAUGUAUGAACUAUUAAUGUGAAGUAUAAAAGUCACAAUUAAAUCAUAAUAAAAAUCUAGCAGACGGACACACGCACUGAAUAGUUGCACACAGAGGACACUGACGCACACACUGAAUAGUUGCACGCGCUAUAGCCCCCCUCCCUGGCCAGGUAACAAGCAGGGAGGGGGGACUAAAAAAAAUAAUUAAAUAUUUAAAAAUAAAAUUAAAAAAUGCCCCCCCACCCCCAAAUUACAGAACUACAGAAACACACACUGCAUUAUAUACAUAUAAUGUAGUGUGUUUGUGUAGUGUUUAUAUAAUGUAGUGUGUUUGUGUAGGGUCUGUAUAGUGAAUGCAGUGUUUGUGUAGUGUGUGUGUGUGUAUAUAAUGCACACUGCAUUAUAUAAACACUGCAUUCACUAUACACACAUUACACAAACACACACUGCAUUAUAUAAACACACUACAAUAACGCAGUGUGUGUGUGUGCGCGUGUAUAAAAUGCACGCUGCACAAACACACACAGCUCCCCUGUCCAAACACACUGCAUCUACUACACAUGGCAUGUGUAUAUUUUGUGCAUUUACCUUUAGAAAUAGUUUCUUUUUUCAAAAUGGUAAAUGUACAGAAUAUCGGUAAGCUAUAGUCCGGAAAGUUCACAGAUUAUCGGUAUCGGCUCUAAAAAAAUCUAUUGGUCGAUCCCUACACAGAAACCCAAAUUGUGUUCAGCUACAUUUGCUGAGUAUAACGAUACCCCCAUUGUACGCCUUUGGCACUAUUCUGUGAAGCUACAAUGCUAUAUAAUAGACAAGGCUAUAUCCGUUUCUAUAGUUAGAAUUUUUGUGGAUGGAUUUGACUGGCCUAUGCCUCAUUUUAUGGUAUUACAGCAGUGUGACUGUUUAAAUAACCCCACAAAGGGCUUUCAUUUGAUACCAGACAUCCCAGGGUAUCUGAAAUGGUGUAUAUUGUGCCUUAACUUGUCACCAUUUUUUCACUAAUUUAUGUCCAUGUUUGUUGUGAGGGGAAACAAAAAAUGGCAUUUUUACAUAUUUGUUGCAUUUUUGCUGAGUAUUUCUUACACUUUAUAUGUACCACUGUCAUAAAACCCACAAAUUAUGCUCAGUUACAUCUUCUGAGUAAAACAAUAUGCCCAGUGUAUGACCUAGACACUAUUUUGUGAAGUUACCUUUCUGUAAAAGAAACGUGACAAGUUGAGGUUUUUAAGUGUGAAUUUUCAUGGAGAGUUUUGAUGCGUCCGUGUCCCACUUUGGAGCACUUUAGAAACUAGCCCAUAAAGGCAUACCAUUUCUUAAAGAAGACAUCCCAGGGUAUUUCAAAAAGCAUAUUGUGAACCUUAGUGUGGCAUAUUUUUUCACUAGCUUGUACCAAGUUUAGUGGUAAUAAGCAUUUUUUCUGCCUUUUUGACAUUCAAAGAGAGUUUGCACAGUAUAUUUUGCAAACCUUGUGUGAUACAACUGUAUAAUACUUCAUAUGUUGCUCAGCUAUGUCGUCUUAGUACAGCAAUACCCCCGUAUGUACUUUUGCCAGGUAUAUGUGGAUGUUGAAGGGGCACAUUUGAGACGCAGCCAUUCAGUUUUUUUUUUUCCUAACUUUGAAGUUUUACGCAAUGUCCAUGUUCCAUUUUGGAGUAGUUUAGCUGGCUGUUUAUUCAAACUUCCCCACAAACACAUACUAUUUAUUAAAGAAUACCUGUGGGUAAUUUAAAAGGCAUAUUUUGAACCUUGGCAUGGGAUCAUUUUUUAAUGUAUUUUUUUCCUUUUUUAAAACUCAUUUUUAAACUUUUUUUUUCUUCUUACAUUUUUUUUUUUAAACUUAAAGGGAUUCUCAAGUGCCAGGAAAGCAAACCAUUUUCCUGGCACUGCAGGUCCCUCUCCCUCCCACCCCACAUCCCAGGUUGCUGAAGGGGAGUGCAUGCGCGUCAGGGGAGACCUAAUGCGCGGCAAGGCUGCGCACUCGCAUUAGACCUCCCCAUAGGAGAAGCAUUGAAAAGUGCUUUCAAUGCUUUCCUAUUGGGAUUUCAGCGACACUGGAGGUCCUCACAUAGCGUGAGGACGUCCAGCGACGCUAUAGCACACGGAAUGUGUGCUAUAAACCCGGAAGUGCCCUCUAUUGGCUGUCUAUUAGACAGCCACUAGAGGAAGAGUUAACCCUGCAAGGUAAAUAUUGAAAACUGCAAUAUUUACAGUUGAAGGGUUAAGGGUAGUGGGAGUUGGCACCCAGACCACUCCAAUGGGCAGAAGUGGUCUAGGUACCUGGAGUGUCCCUUUAACUUUUUUGACAUUUAAAAAAGAAAAAGAUAAAAAAUGUUUUUUACCGUUAACUCCUAACUAGCAGUAAGCAGCACUAACCGUAAAUUCCCCACUUUCCCAUAACUCCCACCCACCCCAGCUAGCAAAAUAUAUUUUUUAAAUAUUUAAAUGAAUUAAAUUAAAUGAAUUAAUGAAAUAAAUUGUACCCCUGCGGGUUAAAAAAUAUUUAAAAGUUAAUCCUCAGGGGUUAAAAAAUAAAUAAAUUAGAUCACAGUAUAACUGUGAUCUGUAUUUUGAUCACUGUAGGCAGUGUUUGUGAUUUUUACUUUUUUUUUAAAUGUUCUUAAAACAUUUUUUAAAGGUGUGUGUUAACCUCUAGCUAGCCUAACACCAAAUUCACCAAUUCUCGACUAACUUCCACCCACCCCAGCUAGCUAAAUAUAUAAUUUUAAAAUAUUUAAAUUAAUUAAUGUAAAAAAAAAAAAAAUUGACAGUAAAAUGUAGUCCCUGCCAAUUGAUCACUAUAGUCCUUGAUCAAUUGGCAGGGAUGGGGUUAAUUUUUUUUAUUUAAAAUGGGUAAAGGGGGGUGGGAUUUUAAACUAACUUUAUUUUAUUUUUUUUACACAGUGAGAUCUGUUUCACUGCACUUCACACUGGAUGCGGAAGAGCAGGGAGGGGGACCGUGAGUCCCUGCAGCACAUGUGCGAAAAGGCAGAGUUUACAUUGCUGCUUAGUAACACCUCUAGUGACAGUCACUCAGAUGGCCACUAGAGAGUCCUAGGUCACUGCUGCACCACGUGCAGCACCCUGGUUCAGUGUCUCCAAGCUCUGCAUGGAGGCGCUGAAUGUUAAUCAUAGAGAUUGAUUAAUGUAAUGCAUCUCUAUGAGGAGAUGCAGAUUGGUACAUUUGCUGCGCAUGCACAAAAUCCUCCCAAUGCUUUCCGAAGGGAAAGCAUUGCCUUAGCUGAGAUCAUAAAGAUUGAUCAUCUCAGCCAUGGCGAAACUGGCAUGGCGUGGGAAAUGGGAAGAAAGGAGAGUAAAAACACGUGCGAUCGGAGGGGGCAGGUACCUAAACGCGCACACACUGACAGGUUCUCACAAACACGCUGACAACAGGCUCACAAACACACAUUCGCUCGCGCACUCUGGCUGGCGCGCUGGCUGCCCACCUCCACGCUCCUCGGGGCGGCUGCCCACCUCCACGCUCCUCGGGGCGGCUGCCCACCUCCACGCUCCUCGGGGCGGCUGCCCACCUCCACGCUCCUCGGGGCGGCUGCCCACCUCCACUCUCCUCGGGGCGGCUGCCCACCUCCACGCUCCUCGGGGCGGCUGCCGUCAAAGCUAGAGAGCUGGCAAAUCCCAGCCUCCAGGGCAAAAUUUCUAGUUGCUGUAGCGAUCUGGGGUUUGUGGAGCCCUGUUCUAAUGUGAAUCUUCUGAUCUUCAAUAUAAUAAUUAUGUCUAUUAUAAAUACUGACUAGAUUGCCCUUAUAUAUGGGCUUAUUUCAUAUAUAAUACUAGAUUUAUAUUCCUCUCCGUUUUGUUUUUCUAUUUUUUUUUUUUCUUUUUAUUCUGUCAUUUAAAGGGUUGUUUGACACCUAUUUAAUGUAUUUUUUGUCCAUGCUAUUAUAGCCUCCGACCGGUAGGGUACACCUCAUUGUUUUUCCUAUGGGCUCGGGUAUAGUUGGAACGCAUGAUGCGUUCCAAGAGACAUCUCGCGCAUGCACGCUACACAUACCACGCCAUUACUCCAAUUCCAUGUAUUGGAACGCAUGGUGUGUUCCGUACCUCAUUUUUUCACCUUUAGCGAGUGGUCGUUUGAACGAUCGGAAUAGGUGGGUACAUGCUAUACUUUUCCGUUACCGGGAUUCUGAAUAUGGAUCAGAUUCAAUGAUCCAAGUACAACUGUCGAUGUCUCGGCAUGAGUCUGGGAAAAUGGGGAGCUUUAAUAUGCCUUUGAUUGGUCAGACACUGUUAUUAUGUGCUUUAUUUUAUUUUAUUUGAGUCCUUACCUCUUAUAACAGAUCAUGUCAUGUUCAAUUUUUCUUGCAGUUUUUUUUUUUGUUUUCAUUAAUAUAUUCAUUUUGUGUCUUUUGCUACUGAUCAUCAAAUAUAUAUAUAUUUAUUUAUAUGUUUUUGAUUGAUUUUUUUUUUUUUUUGGUUUCCUUGGCAGCCAUAAUCAAGUGAUUAUGGUUGGGAGGAUCCCAAUCAACAUGGGUGGUCACCCAUCACAUUCAGGUCUUUCUUAUGCUUCUUAUCUGGGUAUAUAAAAGUGAGUGUCAUUCUUUUACAACAGGCUCCCUUGAAAGGCAUCUCUUUUGCCGAAACGUUGGGGGCUUGCUGAUUGAUUUUUUUUGAACAGACAUAUAGCGCAAAUUCAAGGUUUUGUUUACAUUUUGUUUUGAUCACAAGUUGUACAGUUGGCUCAGUCCUUAAGGGGUUAAAUAUAGUUUGUUUUGUACCAAGCUAUAUAUUUUUUUCUUUCAGUUUUGAAAGAUGACAUCCAGGAAGAAAGUGCUGCUCAAGGUUAUCAUUCUGGGUGAUUCUGGGUAAGUGGCAUAACACUUUCAUUUUCUGAUAGCAUGAUCAUUAGAUGAGCACUGAAGUUUCUACUGUAAAUAUUUUUGGAACCAGCAACAAAUAGUAGUUUAUUAAAUUGUACACUUAAAAAGGACUGUCACGUCUUGUUUGGUUUUAUCUACUCUCCACCAUAAUUAUAUAUUAAAUGCAUGUAUACCUGAAUUUGAAAUUGUCAUUCUUAUGAAAUGUAAAUUACAUGUUCACUUUAAUUGGGGAAAAAACUAAAUAAAAAUAACUUUUCUGUGCCCAGUUAAAAUGUGCAGUUGACAUCUAUAGCUGAUGGCAAAUGGUAGGAUGUAGUGGCAGAACCUGUACGCAUAGCCACAUUUUGCCAAAAAUGUACUUGUAGAUCAGAGAAAUUCUGUCUGGUGCUCUCCUUAUCUGUAAAUAUGAUUUUGUAUAGCUUUUAAACAGAGGUCUAGGAUAAGUCAUUACACAGUAUAUUUUAAAGCAUUUGAUUAGACAAGUUACUGACUGUUGAGUUGUACGUAAAUUUAGCUGUGAUUGGCUUUUCCCCCUUCCUACAGAAACCUAAUGUUCAAGGGGGAAAAAAUCCUGCUAUCCCUUCUUGCAUGCGCAUGUUAAAGGAUCACUAUAGUGUUAGGAAAACAAAGCGGUUUUCCUGACACUAUAGUGCCCUAUGGGUGCCCCCACCCUCAGGGUCCCCCUCCCAUCGCGUUGAAGGUUAAAACCCCUUCGGCAGCUUACCUUAAUCCAGCGCCAGGCUCCCUCAGCGCUGGUGACUUCUCCUCCCCCGCCGUCAGCUCCUGACUGGAGUGGAAUGCGCAUGCACUGCAAAUGCCGGGCGCGCAUUCCGUCCAUAGGAAAGCAUUUCUCAACAUCGGCACGAUGGGUGUGAAAAUUCGCAUCCAGCAUCGCAGAUGCGCCUCUAGCGGCUGUCAGGAAGACUGCCACUAGAGGUUAGCUUAACCCAUAAUGUAAGGGUUAAAACCUGUGAAGGGAUAAAACCUGAGGGACAUUGCACCCAGACCACUUCAUUGAGCUGAAGUGGUCUGGGUGACUAUAGUGUCCCUUUAAUAGCUGUGUUUUUGCAAAAAUAUCUGUAGUUUAAGCCAAUCCCAUCCCUGAGAGAUCUAUGAACUAAUGCUUCUUCUCUCUGUUCCACUUGUACAAUGUGCACCCAAGUAAACGAAUAGGCUUGUUCACAGCACAUACCUACUUGUGUGCAGGUAGGGAGUUACCUGCGCAAAAUGCACUCCCUUGCAAUUUUAUCAAAUAUAUAUAUAUUUUUUUUCAUUUACUCAGUUGUCGGCACUGAUGAGGGAGAUAAGUUUGAGAGGUGCAGCAUUUAGUUCUUGGAGUGUAGGGGGAUCAUUUCUCUGCUCGGUUUUCUCAGACAUCAAAUACUACUUUAUCGCUGCCCUUGCUCUCUCACAUUGUAUCCUGGCUCACAGUAAAGCUGUAAAGUCAUUUAAAAUCUUUCAUGUGUUGUGAGAAUCCCUUAAUCUUUCUCUCAAGCCUGAGCAUAAAGGGGCAGUGUGCAUCCGUCACAGCUGCUCAUCCCAUUAAAAAAUAUUUUGCACUAAUUUUUAUUGUGUAUAGCAUUGAACUUGGGACUAAUGGAAAACUUCAAAUAAAAUAACUACAGUCCACUAUAGCGAUUAUUUUGCCAUGUUGUUUCGUGCGAAGAUGUCAAACUUUUUUUAAAUGAAAAUGACCACUUUCCUGCGGCACGUUCGGUGCCCCCACUAUAUUUGGUCUUCUCCAGGAAAUUCCAGAUGUCACUUUAGAACAGGAUCCUUGCAGUCCUACAUUGCUCCUGUUGUGCUGUAAAGUGACCCCGUUUCUUGCUUGGCAGGACCCAGAUAGGCUUGAUAUCUAACUAUGGGAUGGCACCUGGGCACUCCUAGUGCCAUAAAUUGAGUAAACUUCAUUUUGAAGAAAAGGCAAACCAUGCCAUCCAGUUUAAUUUCCCCUUCUAAUAUAUUUUUUCUUCCUCAAGGGUCGGCAAAACCUCUCUCAUGAACCAGUAUGUGAAUAAGAAAUUUACCAACCAGUACAAGGCAACCAUAGGGGCAGACUUCCUCACCAAGGAGGUUAUGGUGGAUGAUCGGCUGGUCACAAUGCAGGUACGUUAUUGAGGCCCCAACCUGUAAGGAUCAUUAUGGAUCCAGAUUGAAGGCUUUACAAUUUGUUUAAGCAUGUUUGAAUAGAGAAGUUUUUACAGUAUUCUGGGAGCAGUAAUGUUUUUUUCAUUAGAGCUUAGGAUAAACAAAAUCAUAUAGGUGAUGUUGGCACAUAUAAGAAAAGUAAUGGGCUUUUUAGAGGUAUAUGCCACAGGUAUUGGUUUUGUCUUAAAUGCUACUAGCCCAUUGACCGUUUUUCUGUCCAUAUCCAGGAAUUGAACCCAGUGUGUCAGUGUUUGUAAGCAUGACCAGUGUCCUGAAAUAAUCCUUAAGGAGAAACUGUCCCUUCCAGGGAAGUGACAGUUCCCCAUUGCGUCACCACAGUAACUAAUAUUACAGAGUUUAUUCGGAUUAAUAAAGCAGUAGCGACAAUUUAAAAAAAAAAAAAAAAACCUUGCUUUCACUGCACUUCCAUGUUGUAGCAACUCCAUGCAUGAAUGCACAAUCGACAUAUUUUCCUGCUGUGCCACAUACAGCAUUGCAAGCAUUCAGCUAUUUAUGCACUCUUUUUAUUGCCUUAACCUAUGUAUUGCCCAGCAAAGCAUGUAAGUGUAACUCUGAGCACCAAAACACUGAAUCAUUGCAACGGUCAUGGUGAAAAGAAUACCCGGUGUUCAUGUUCUCUUUUAAGUAGCUUGUAGCAAUGGUGAUUUGCAAAAAUCACGGCCAUGUGUCAUCCAGCUUGUAAGCCUCUGCCUCGGACUUUACACAUUGCAUUAAAAGGCUAUUGGACCACAUUGUUGUGAUGUUUACAAAGGGAUGCUUCUCAUAAUGGUCAAACUUGUCUUGUUUUUAAUAAAAUAAAUAAUAUAGAGAAAUUGAGUAUUUUUUCCACCCAUGGUUAAUACUUGAACUAUUGCAAAUGAACCUUCAUAUCAUGGUAAGGCAGUGAUCUCCAUUGUCUUAAACAUUCUAUUACUGUAUAGUUUUGAUGGUGUCUGUUUUUUGCUGCAAUGCUCUGAUGGUGUUCUGAUUGGGUUGUUUGCUUUUUGUAAAAAACAAUUUCUCCUCCUUGCAUACUUUAGAUAUGGGACACGGCUGGACAGGAGCGGUUUCAGUCCCUCGGUGUGGCUUUCUACAGAGGGGCUGACUGCUGUGUGCUGGUUUUUGAUGUGACUGCUCCAAACACCUUCAAAACGCUGGACAGUUGGAGGGAUGAAUUCCUCAUCCAAGCAAGCCCACGAGACCCUGAAAACUUCCCCUUUGUUGUACUGGGAAAUAAGAUUGACCUUGAGAACAGACAAGUAAUUAUUUUAGUGCUUUUUACCAUUUGGUAAUCAUUCUACAUAUUCUAAGCAUGCAAGCAUAUGAUUCUGAAUAUUGCUUUGUGUUUUAUAUUGAACAAAGGUGAAACGAAAAGCUAAAUCCUAUCCAUAUAAGACCACAUUUUCUGUCUGUUUCUCUGGGGUCUGAUUUAGUCAGAUUUUCAUGGUGUGCUUACAGAAGAAAUGACUUGCGUUUUACUGUAAAGGAUCUGUUAAAAUCCUUGAUUUGAUUAGAUAGAGGGAGGAUGAGAUCUACACCUCAUUUUCUUUCUCUAUAACACAUAUAUUCUACUUUUCUGGUUUGCCAUCGUGUGCAAAUGGUGGUCUAUGCAAGAUCACACAUCAUCGUUUUUUUUGUUUUUUACCUUGCCCAAGAUUAACUUUUUUAAAAAAAAACAAAAACAAAAUCUUAACUACUUAUGGCCAUGCAGCCAAAUGAUGCUCAAUAUGGAGGAUUUGAAAAUUUUUGCCGUUUAAGAAGGCAUGUAUAAAAAUAGGAAUUCCUACUUUGUCUUACGUACAUCGUAUACGCCAAUGACGAUGCCACAGAUGAAGUUACACAUGCGGCAGGAAAAGCAUUACACUCCAUAUGAGUGAGUUUCAUGGAAAAACACUCUACAUACGGACUCUGCCACCAUGACCACUUCAGAUCACUGAAAUUGUCAUGGUGCUUGUAGUAACCUUUUAAUUUCUAAGUAACCUUCUAAUUUCAUCAGACACAUCAUGGGAAUGAUUAGAAGAUCUGUAAAAUAUCUGUUCCAGAAAUAUUUGUAUAAUUUCAAAUGCUAAAACCAGUGGAGGCUCAUCCAUAGGGGCAUCUUGGGCAGCGCCCCACCAGUUUUUUUGCAAUAAAAGAAAUUAACUUUUUCAUUUUUUAUUUUUUGAUCUGUAAAUAAACACCAUCAAUAUGUGAUACAAAAUGUGCUCUGUCCCUUUAAAUUUUACUACUGCAGUUAACUUAUUACCCACUGCUGGUACUAGGUAGAGUGGGGGGGGGGGAGGAGUAAUCCGAUUUUUGAUGGUCUACUUCACCGUCAUUGAUUGCUUUGCAGCCCCCCUGUUUGUCAAUGGAACUCAUUAGGGUGCCAAAUAGACGGGACAAAAAUGGCCAUUGGGAAACUGGCCAGCCUGCCUACUGAACUCUGAUUGGCAGUUAGCACCAGGGGGUGGAGAUGUCAAAACUCUACUUCCCCUGGUGCAGUUGAGGAAGAGAAUUGCUGGCCAUUGAGAUGUGACUCUGGUUCCCACUAUCCUGCUCCUCCUACAGCUUCCUCUGAACGCUAACUGCCCUGCCUCACACAGCCCACUCUUUCCUUGUGCCACUAUCCUGUGCAAGAGGCUUACAGUGGCUACUAGCUGUGUUUCCAGAAAAGCAGGAACAAGCCGGCCAUGCUCCGUUUUAAUUUGCACCAAUAUCGACAGACACUGCUGUAAAAUGAGGUGCCUGCCGGUGAACUGCUCUAAGUUCUCCCCAGCUGACUCCAUUCGCUCUGCCUACCAGGUCUUAUUGAGACAGGUACCCGAUGUGUAAAGAGGGUGCCUGCCAUAUUAAGCUCUAAAGUCAGAUACCACGAGAGGGAUCUGGACAGAGCGGACUGAGAGAUCAGCGGCAGGCACCUCAUGUUACAGCCUUGUCUGCCGCCAUUAGUUCAAAUUAAAACAAAGCAUGAAGGGCUAGACCCCUCCCUUCUGUUAUAUGGGCAGGGCUAUUUUGGAUGGGUGCGUGUUUAUUUUUUUUAUUUUUUUAUAUAUAAGAAUGUCUACCUUAUUUCCUAUAUAUGGGAUUAUCCACAUAUUGUGGAGAUAGUGGUGACAUAUUUUCCUAUUCAUGAUUGCAAAGAAAAUAGAUGGCCUGCCUGGCACCCAAUCAACUUGAAAUUUUACCAUCCGCCACUGGCUAAAACUCCCAUUGUUAUUCUCUUUUAGGUCACUACAAAGCGAGCACAGGUGUGGUGCCAAAGCAAAAAUAAUAUCCCCUAUUUUGAAACCAGUGCUAAGGAGGCUAUAAAUGUGGAACAGGCUUUUCAAACAAUUGCACGAAACGCACUCAAACAGGUAAUUGGUUACUAUAGUGCCACCUGCUGGUGUAGCACUGUUUUGUUACUUCAACCAUGUUAUUGUUCAGUUGCUUUCAGUGGGAAUGGGAUGUGGCUUUUUUCUUAUUUCAUUUUUUUAAAUUUUUUUCCUAAAGACAAAUUAGGUCAUGGACAUUGUUGUAUAAAGAGCUGCAAUGUGUCCUCCGUUCAACAGACCUUUAGCUGGAAAACGAUGCUCGGGGUGCAUGGCUGUUUUGCGAGCGCUAGAUUUAAGAAGCACAUACAUGUGCUGUGUUCACACACUCCGUAUCCCUACCAAAGAAAAGGCUGUUCAACUCUUUGAACUACAAAAUUAUGUUAAAGGACCACUAUAGUGCCAGGAAAACAUACUCUUUUUUCCUGGCACUAUAGUGCCCUGAGGGUGCCCCCACCCUCAGGGUCCCCCUCCCGCCCGGCUCUGGAAGGGAGAAAGGGGUUAAAACUUACCUUUUUCCAGCACUGGGCGGAGAGCUCUCCUCCUCCGAUCCUCCUCUUCUCCUCCCCGUCGGCUGAAUGCGCACGCGCGGCAAGAGCUGCGCGCGCAUUCAGCCGGUCUCAUAGGAAAGCAUUUACAAUGCUUUCCUAUGGACGCUGGCGUGCUCUCACUGUGAAAAUCACAGUGAGAAGCACGCAAGCGCCUCUAGCGGCUGUCAAUGAGACAGCCACUAGAGGGAAUAGGGGGAAGGCUUAACUCAUUAAUAAACAUAGCAGUUUCUCUGAAACUGCUAUGUUUAUUUAAAAAUGGGUUAACCCUAGCUGGACCAGGCACCCAGACCACUUCAUUAAGCUGAAGUGGUCUGGGUGCCUAGAGUGGUCCUUUAAGCUUGGCAAAAUGAUAUAGGGUUUAUUGACAGGUUUCCAUUUUAGGCAACUUUCAUAGCAGGAGGAGAAAGGCAAGAACUAUUUUGAAACAAAGAUGCUGGACAUCCUUUUAUUUUGUAGCUUCACACAUAUACAACUUUUCUACUUCAUUUUACAGUGCAUUAAUCCACAAUCAAUCUUCAGAACUGGAAGACUAAUUUAUGCUUUUAUAUCUGUAAUAAAGAAGCCUGUAGAGAAACGGUUUGUUCAAUGGAGGUCAGAAAGUUGCAACUCUCAAGUGACAGAAAUGUGAUUCCAAGGACCCAGUACUAAACACAGCAUUUAUUUCUUAACAUCAAUUGUCAAACUAUGCAAAGUACAAAACUAGUAGUUUUUUAUUUCUUUUUAUAAUUUGGUUAAGUUUUGAAAUCUUCAAAAAAUAGGUAAUUUAGUAAUGUAGAAUAAAGAGAAUUUAUUAAAGGAAAAGUAUUUUUGUUCUUAGUGUCUCAUUUGUUCUAUUGUUCUCUUGCAGGAAACAGAGGUGGAGUUGUACAACGAAUUCCCUGAGCCUAUUAAACUGGAUAACAACGGCUCAAAGGCCACUGCAGAGAGCUGCAGCUGCUGAGACAGGGAAGGGCAAACAUGGCGUCCUUCACUAACCGAUAUCACACUUAGGCCUUCGAACACAAGACCCCAUUCCCUCCCUGCCCAGAGUGUAAAGGAUAAAUAUUAAUCGACUGCACCCUCUCCAGCUCCCAGACACCGGUCCAAGUGGUAACCAACGCCUGUAUCAUAAGCGGAACACAUCCCACGUCCCCGUGGACUAUACAUCUAUGUUGGUUUAACCCUUAUGUUGUCAGGUGGUCUGCAAUAUGUAUAGCAUUGCUCCCCUCUUGGGUGCAAAGUGGUUUGACUUUAACAACAUACUGUGUUUGUUUAAAAAUAAGUUAAUUAUUUUUUGUUUCUGUCUUGUGGAGAGAGACCGGAAAACAGAUAUAUUUUUUUUUUUUUUCUAUUUUGUUUUGUUCUUUUCCUUUUUACAGUUGUGCGUGUAUGUAUAAUUAACAUAUUACAUGAUAUAAAAAUAAAUAAACCUUUUAAUCAUUCUACGCCCUAAUUUGAAGGCUGUGACCAGUAAGGUUUCAUAUCCCAUACUCCUUUGCAAGCUCAGCACCCAGUCCCCAUUAGGUUUUUGAGUUUUGUAUUUAUCCGUUUAACGCUUUUUGUUACUUUUAACUAAUCAGAAAUUUUUACAGAAUCCAUUUAUUAUGUAUCGCUUGUUUAGGAAAAGAAUCAUAUAGAACAUGUUAAUAUAUGCAACCAAUUAAAAAAAACACACAAAAAAAAAACUAUGUAUAAAUUAGUGUAAGAAUCGAUUCUUUUGUUGAUUUACUUAAUUAUUGAAGCACAGGUAUUUAGCCAGUAAACUAUGGACAUGGUAAUAUUGCUAAGCCUGCAAAUGUUGAGAAAACAGGUAGAAACUUCUGUCGUCACUCGUAGGAGCAGAUUUUGAAGUCUUGAAUAUUAAGUCUCUUAAUUGGCUGCUACCUGUUCAUUUCACUAUUUGAGCUGUCUGUCUUGUUUAUCUUAUCUCUUAACUGCAAUUAUAUCUGUAAUAGUGAUGUGCAUAUUGGACAUGAUAUUUUUGGUUAAGUGCAGGUAUUAUGUCAUCUUGUUUAUCUCACCCCUCUUUUCUUUUUAUUUUUUAAUUUUUUUCUAAUAUAUCAUGUCGGCAGUCUGCAAGGGAGCGUUACUGCACUCUGAGUCUGGGGUAAUUUGGCAGUUAUUCUAGAGAGAUUUUCCCUGCUUGGGGUGUUAAAAAAACAAAAACAUUUCCUUCCUUAUUUCACUGGCAGAUAAUGUACUCUGAGACUCUUCUCUUCCCCUCCCUCACCACUGUGCUGCGGAUCAGACUAUUGGUAUGAAACCCUUGGCAGUUUAGCUACCCUCUGUCUCUGUUGUUGCAUUUGUAGCUUGCUUCCAUAUGGAAAUUCUACCUUUUUUUUUUUUUUUAAUUUUUUUUUUUUUUUAUUUUUUUUUUCCCAGCAGCCUACAUAAUAUUGUGUAGGUUUGGUUCUUCUGUAAAGAUGAAAAUAAUGCCAAUAAACUUAACAAGAAAAAUUAAAUAGAUGUGUUGUUUCAUAUAUUUUACUGCUGCA